AGUCUAUGCAGGCUAAACUUGGUUUUCAUCCUCUGGAUCUCCAUGACCUUGGUGGGCUUGGGUUUCCCAGUUGGCCCUUCCAUGAGCACCAACCCUUUUUAUCUGACCUGCCAGCUGUAUGGGAAAUGGGAUUCGUGCCUGGUGCUGCUGAGCAGCUGCCUCUCCAAGGUGGGCAGGGAUGAGGAGCUGCCUCUUGGGAAGCCUCUCCUGGAGCCCCCUCUCCACAAAAGGUCCUUCCGCAACGGCGUCGGAGCGGGAAUUAAAAAAACCUCCUUCCGAAGGGCAAAAUCCUGA